AUGUCUGCGCACAACGUCCCCGACUCGACAGACUGGCUUGCGACGCCUCUCAGUGCCCUUGCCGCUGUCGAGAGCGCAUUGCGAUGUCAACUGGCGCGAAAAGGCAAUUCUCAAAACACGACAUCAAAACGAAAAGCCACCAGUGAUAAUCACGACUCCGGUAAUUCGCCAGAUAGCAAACGGUUACGGUCGUCCUCGCGAUUACAAAGCACUCGGUCUUCGACCCGUCAGACGCAGCAAAUCGAAUACGAAGAAACUAUCGAGGUGGCAGAUAGCGAUGGCGACGACGAUGAUGAUGAUGAAUACGAGCCAGAACCAGACGACGGUCUGGUUGCAUGUCCAGUCUGUCAAGAUCGAAUGAAGGACUGGCAGGUCUUUUCGCAUUUAGAAAGAUGCACUGGGCCGAAGCCAAAACCACAGCGGACUGUGUCUGGUGUUUCGAGCUCAACAUAUAGCCAGCAACGAAAACCUACAAAAGCGCCCGACAGACUUCCUACGAUCAAUUACGCUAUGUUCAGAGACCAGGCAUUGCGAAAGAAGAUGGCCGAUCUUGGCAUUCCGAACCAGGGCCCUCGCACUCUUCUUGAGCGACGACACAAAGAAUGGAUGACAAUAUGGAAUUCAAACUGCGACGCUACACGGCCUAGGACGCGCCAGGAAUUACUGCGUGAUCUGGAUAUUUGGGAAAAGACACUGGGAGGACGGGCCCCGACUACAGGGCAAUCUAUUCAAAACGCGGCCAUGAUCAGAGACAAAGAUUUUGAUGGCGCAGCAUGGGCCGCCAAACAUGACGCAUCCUUCCAAGACUUGAUCGCAAAUGCACAAAAAACGAGGCGCCAGGCAAAAGAAAAAGCCGAGAGAGCAGCCAGAGAAACGGAGAUGGAAAAUACUGCCAACGCGCAUUCCCAAGCGCAGGAACUGGCUUUGAGCCAACUGCAGAUUGGGCGAGAACUUCCCAACAGUAGAAGGAGACCACCAGGGGAUGGUCACCAAUAA